AUCUAAAAAAACAUUUCUAUCGCCGUUUUUCGUUUUUAAACUUUUAUAAUGCAAUCUAAAAAAACAUUUCUAUUAAAAUUAAAGUUUCAAUCUUUGUUAAAAUAUAAUAAUUUCUAUCGCUUAAAAGCUUUAUUUCACCCGCGCAACCAACAAUGCCUUCUCGCUAGUUUAUUUAGUUUCCACGCAAAACAUUUGUUUAAUAAAAAUAUUAAACAAUGACUCUUCGUGUCACAUUGAUAGAGUUGAUAACAUUUGCAAUAUGCUAUUGGGAAUAGUUAUGUUAACACUAUUUAACAAUAGUUACGCGCAGUUAUAAUAAGCUAUUUUUUCUUCAAUAAUCCUUUGUUUAUUACGCGCAAGUUAAUGACUUACAAGACUCGCAAGAUAAUUAAUAAGAACAAAAGACAAACAACUACUGCCUCCGAGAAAAAGGUGUGAAACUUGAGCGUACGCGUACGCUUACAUCUGGACUGUACUGUAACUUUAGAAAUGUGACAUGAAAUAUUGUUUUGGCUAAUUUGACCUGCAUCAAGUUUGUAUUAGCAAAUCAAUGGAAAUUAGUCAUAAUACUGUAUUCUUGAAUGCAUGAUAAACUGUUGGUUCUUGUAAAUGAUUUGUGAUGAUGGCACAUAGAUGAAGUGCAAUGAAAAUAUUGUAAUUAUUGGAAAAAAUAUUAUACUUGUUCCAUACAAGAAACAUCAUGUGGAAAAAUAUCACAAAUGGAUGAGUUCUCCAGAACUGUUGGAAAAAACAGCUUCAGAGCCGCUGACACUUGAGGCAGAAUAUAACAUGCAGAAGUCAUGGUGGCUUGAUGAUGAUAAAUGUACAUUCAUUAUUUUAAAUAAGAAUUUUUACGAAAAUGGUCCAAAUGAUGCAGGUAAAAAAGAAAUUAAUACUAUGAUUGGAGAUGUGAAUCUAUAUUUGAACAAUGUCGACGACAGACAGGAAGCAGAAGUAGAACUUAUGAUUGCUGAAGUAGGUAUGAGGCGUAAGGGGUUUGGAAAAGAGGCUGCCAAAAUGAUGAUGUAUUAUGGGAACAAAAUGCUGGGUUUGAAUAAAUAUCUUGUAAAAAUUGGUUCUAAUAACAAGAGCAGUAUAAAUUUGUUUAUGAAGUUAGGCUUCAAACUUGCAAGUUAUAGCGAAGUGUUUAAAGAAUCUACCUACAUUUUAUACUGUGAAAACAAGGCUUUCAAAGAUUCAGUAUAUAAUGAAGUUGAGUCAUAUGCUAUGUUUGGACAAUAUGACACACUGGAUUCUUGUGUUGAAUGACACUUUGUUGUUUAAAAUCUUGUAAUGACAUUUUAAAUGUUUUCUUUUUCUUUUGAUGACAGAUUGUGACAUCUUUACAUAUCUUUAGAGAUGCUAUAUUAUAAGGGAUUUACAGCCACUAUAAUAACUUGUAUAUGUUAUAUAUGUUUCCACCCAACAAAUCUAAUGUCAUAUCCCGAAUUGUAGGAGGAAGAGAGGAAUUUUGAAAGAGGUGAAUAAAUUAAAAUAGGUAGUAAAUUUUACAAUUAGGUUACAUGAGUGUGAAAGCCUUAUAAAUCCUAAUCCUAAGUUUUAAUCGUUUUGUCAGCGAUGGUCCAUAUUAUACACAUAUUGGACUCAUCUUAUAAAAAUGCAAAGUUAGUACAUGGUACCUUCGCCUGGGUGCGUAAUUUUAGUCUUGUGGUUUUUUUCAAUAAAGUUUGUAAUUGUUAUCCUACUGUUGUGCUCCUAAGUGUUAUUUUAAUGCAGCUUGUUGUUGCAUUAUAGAUCAUGUUUAUACCUACCAUCACACCAUUGAAUAAUUCAAAUUAUAUAAAUAAAUUAAAAUAAAUUGCUGAAAAUA